GUAAUGAACGACGCUUGUUAAAUACUAUGAAAUACAAAAACAAAAGAGGUGUGGGAGACAAUACAUAGAAGAGAGAAAUGGAGCGAAGGAUAAAACAAAAGGGAACUGAAAAAAAAAAGAAAAAACUAAAUGUUUAAAGGCACAUCAAUUGAACAAGACCCACACUUUUCUGACAAACAUGAAAAAUUGAAGAAAUCAAUGACAUUUCCAGAAAACUUCUAUCAGAAAGUAGAUUUUAAGAAAGUCAAUAUUGAAGUAAUGAGAGCAUGGAUUACAUCGAAAAUAAUUGAUAUAUUAGAAGUAGAUGACGACAUUCUUGUUAACACAAUAGUAGGAUUUAUUGAAGAAAAUGGAAAUGAAACAGAUCCUCGUGAUUUAGAAAUUGAUUUGGAGGCAUUUCUUGGAGAUAAAACAAAUGAGUUUGUUGAAGAGUUAUGGAGUUUGUGUCAAAUGGGAGAGAAAAGUAAAGAUGGUAUUCCAGAAUGUCUAAAGAAAGCAGCAGAAGAACGUGAGGCAAGAGAAAGAAGAGAAAAAGAAAGAGGGAGAUAUCGAACUAAGUAUCGAAGAACAGAAAGGAGUGAGAGUCGAGAAAGAAAUAAAAAGAAGUAAAUUUUGAUUAUUUAAUUGUGUUUGUC